CGAAUAGAACUGACAUAAUUUUCUUGGAAAUAUUGAAAAGAGCAAACAGAAAAGAAAAGAAAAAAGGCAGGGGGCUUCCUUGCAUGUAUGUUCUGUUGUGCGGUUUGCUUUAUAUUUUAACUCAUCUUCCUCGUUAAAGUAAUCCCACUUAAUCUAUCUCUCUAUUUCAUUCUUCUUCUUCUUCUUCGUCUUCUUGGGUUUGGCUGUGUAUGUGAGUUGAGAUUCAAUCAAUGGCUUCAACUGCUUCAAAGUUCAUAAAAUGUGUGACUGUUGGUGAUGGCGCCGUAGGUAAAACCUGUAUGCUCAUCUGCUACACCAGCAACAAAUUCCCUACUGACUACAUACCAACAGUUUUUGACAACUUUAGUGCAAACGUUGUAGUUGAAGGCACCACUGUGAACCUAGGCCUAUGGGACACUGCUGGGCAAGAAGACUACAACAGAUUAAGGCCUUUAAGUUACAGAGGAGCAGAUGUUUUCGUCCUGUCUUUCUCCUUGGUCAGCCGAGCUAGCUACGAGAAUGUUUAUAAAAAGUGGAUCCCUGAACUCCAACACUUUGCCCCAGGAGUUCCAUUAGUCCUUGUUGGUACCAAACUAGAUCUCCGUGAAGAUAAUAAGCAUUAUUUGGCUGACCAUCCUGGACUAUCCCCUGUAACUACUGCACAGGGAGAGGAAUUGCGUAAGCUAAUCGGUGCGACAUAUUACAUUGAAUGUAGCUCGAAAACUCAACAGAAUGUGAAAGCAGUUUUUGAUUCAGCGAUCAAGGAAGUGAUCAAACCGGUGGUUAAACAAAAGGAGAAGACGCAGAAAACGAAGAAGCAAAAGUCUAAUCAUGGCUGUUUAUCAAACGUUCUGUGUGGGAGGAUAGUGACUCGGCAUUGAUGUUGAUGGCAAAAGUCCACCACUCUUGAGUUUGUGUUAUAAAAUGAGUUACAUAUAUAUGUAUGGAAUCAUGUAAGAGAGGCCACUUGGGUUCGAUUCCCGGCCACUGCGAAAUUUAACAUUCGGGCCGCAGCGACACAGAUUAGUCCCUUGGGCCUGGGAAGCCUUUGGGAAAACUGUGUAUAAUUCAAAAAAAAAAUAAUGUAAGAGAGAUGAUUAGCCUCUAAUCAAUCAAUAGUUUACAUUGUAAGAGAGAUAGAGAGCGCUUACUUAUUACUAACUCAAUUAUGUUUAAAUGUUUCAGUCCACUA